AAGAGAGAAAAAGAGGGUGUGAAUAGGAAGUCCGAAAAGUGGAAGUGUGUUAGGUUGGGCCAAGAAAAGGCAUUUAAUAGUGUCUUGUGUUCCAUUUCAUUCCACCGCCUGGUUUUGUGUUAUCGGCUUCACUACACUUCAGUCGGUUCAGAUAGAAGAAAGGAAAGAUGUCAUCGCUGGGCACUUCGAAAGGGAUUCUAGAGAUUGCGAAGUUCGGUGUGUAUGUUACCGUUCCCAUCAUUCUCAUGUACACUUUCGCCAACAAUCCCGGAAAUCUCCGCAAGUUCAUGGGACAUAAGUCAUACAUUGAAUAUCCCCCGGAGGCAGAAAGGCCACCAUCACCGGAGGAACUUAGGGAGAUGGCGCGGGAGAUGGCACGUAAAAGGAGCAGUUCCUGAUGCUCCAUGUGGUUGAUUUGGUUGCACCAGUGGUUGUGUAACAGUAUCACUUAUUAUGCAGUAAAUAUGGUUAUUAUUAUGUGUAAUAAUAAAUAAUGAUUUAUAGACCACUCUAAAUAAAAAUAAACGUUUUUUUUUGUUUUUUCAAAAGCUUAGAUAGUUUGGUGCAAUGGUCUACCAAAAGCUCCACUCUGGAUUAAUUGGUACCUUCAAAUCUAGCGAAAAAGAAAUGCUAGUGGUGAUCCUGAUUGCUUUUAUCAUAUUUUCUGUUUAAGCGGUGGUUGUUAUCUAAUGGGAAAGUCAAGGAGAAACAUCCGGAUGGUGGAAAAUUUAGCAACAUUGUGUGAUAUUCUCGUUGUAAGGUUCAAUGGUUGGUUCUGCAUAUCUAUGAACUUGUCUUCCAUUGAAGCUAUAUUAAUGAAACCAAUACACAAUCGCAUGCCUUUUCUUCGUUGCUUUAUUAUCCAUUUUUAAUUUGCACGAUCUUCACGCAUAAAAUUGGGCUGUCAAGUUAUUCAUGUUUGGUUUUUUAUCCAAUUAUCGUGUUUGUUUGACAUAAAUAUUUGAUACUUGUCUGGAAAUAUUUCAUGUUAAUGAAUGUUACGAUGGCUUAUCUAAACUUUCUAUUUUCAGUGAAACUUCCUACUGAGAAAUGAAUAAAGUUUUAAGUAAACGAGUCAACGUUAACAUUUUCAUUAUCACACGACAAAUCAAUUAUAGACGUUGGCAUGGACUCAUGAACGUCAGAUACCUCGCAGUGAAAUGCACUACAUGAGAAAACGUGUUCAGUUUAGCAGUUUAGCUUAUUGAAAUGGUCAUCUGCACCUAACUUCCAUGGAGCUUCUCUAAGCAUUCUUUAAACCCAACUUUCCCAACUCAUGUAGUCUCUUGAAAGAUAGAGUUCUUGAAAAACCUGAGUUUCCUAUGCUUUUCCCGGGAAAUAUUGACUUGCUCAAAGUCGUUUCCACCCUCAUCAUACACCUUCACAACUCCAUUUGUUUUGGUUCUUCCUUGUCCCCACCAGCCUGCUGGGAAAUGAUUAUAGAUUUUGAAUUGAACGAGAAUGAUAUUAUGAUGAAAAUGAACGUACGUGCUACGCUUUUGUUUGUUUACUCUCUUAACAUAUAAAUAGUAUGGGGUGCCCAGGAAUCAGUGGCAAGAAUUUUGUGUUUCAUUUCAUUCAGUCUUUGAAGGGAGUGGGAAAGGCCUAAUUGUUGCAGUUCAUUGUAUAUGCUUGAAAAUACUUGAAUCUAUACUUGAAAGGUCUUAUAUGAAUAUAGUGUUUCUUUUUUACUUUGUUGAUUUCUGUCAUGAUUUUCAUGUCUAUUUAAUUGUUAUUUUUUUCCCUCUCCCUCUCUUUUGUUUCCCCAAUUUAUUAUGCACCACCUUGUCAUGUGAACACCAUUGCCCUCUUCAUGUUAGAAUUAUAUUGGUUACAGCUUGGGUACAAUUUUAUGUUUGCUUCUGUUGGGGAUUGGUUCUCAUAUUCAGUUAAUUUCUGUUAUAUUGCUUGUAGUGUUAAGCACCCCAAAAAUGAAAUAGAGAUCAAUUGUAUUUGAAAAGGUAGAAACAUAUGGAUUCCGGCUGUUUUGAAUUACAUACUCAAGCUAUACUUGUGAUUUACAUUUUGCAUUUUCCAUUAGAUAGGAUAAGAAUUCAUGUAUUGCAAUUUUCAAUAUACUUGCAAAAGUUUAAACAGAAUAUUACAGUUGAUUUUGUAAGUUUCAAGCAGAUUGCUGCAAGAGGUAUUAUCAUAAAGAUCUCAAUAUUAAAAAUAUCUCAAAUAUUCCUAAUAUAUCUGUCAUGGUAUCUGUUAGUUUUACUAGUUUAUUUAAUGAGUUAAUACUGAAAAUUCUUUUAUGCUCUAUAAGAAGAUUGAUCAAGAGGAAUUUGGUUGCAGGAAAAAAAGAGAAGCUAUUUUCCGGUGUUGGUUUCAACUUCUAACCUCUGGGCAAUAGGUUUGAUUAGAAAUUCAGUACUGAUAUUGUACCAUGGUUGGAUUGGAACUCAUACCCGUAGGUACAAUUUUGUCUGUUCUAAGCAGCCAUGUUGUGAAAUCAGCUAAUACAGCAAUCGAUGUUGUUACGGAUAAAGAAAGUUUCAAGAUCCUUUCAAAACACCUGCUUGAUAUUGCACCAGUCCUAAAGGAAUUACAGCUUCAGGAAUUGAAUGAGUCUCAAGCUACAAGGGUUGCUCUGGAGUCUCUUGAAUCAGAUGUCAAAAAGGCGAAUAAUUUGGUUGAGAAGUACAAGAACCAUGGCCGCUUUUACCCGCUGGUGAGGUGCAGAUGCUUAGUCAAGGAGGUUGAACAAGUCACGAGGGAUAUUGGAAGGUCUGUAGCUGCACUGUCCAUUGCAAACACUGAAGUCCUAUCAAAAAUUUCUGAUCAGGUUGACAAACUACAAAAUGAGAUACAAAAGGUGGAGUUUGAGGCUUCACAAUCUCAGUUUCAAAUUGUUGGCAAGUUGAACCAUGGAAUGAGGGAGCAGAAAUUAGAUCAGGCUUUCGUAAAUGACAUGCUUGAGGAAAUAGCAAGGGCAGUUGGGGUGCCAGUGGUGCCUUCAGAGAUUAGCAAAGAGCUAGCCAGCAUUAGGCAGGAAAGGGAGGAAGCAGCCAACAGAAAAGAAAGAGCUGAAUUUCUUUUUUUGGAACAUAUAAUUGAGCUACUAUCACGAGCAGAUGCUGCAAGGGAUUAUGAAGAAGUUAAGAAGCAAUAUUUUAAAAGGGUUCAGGUAAUAGAGAGAUAUGAUUCAAGGGAAAAAUAUAUACCACCACUCAAUUCUUUCCUUUGUCCCAUAACUGGAGCUGUUAUGGUAGAUCCUGUCAGCCUUUGCACUGGUACUACAUGUGAGAGAUCUGCCAUUGAAGCUUGGUUUGAUGAUGGCAACAGGACUGAUCCAGAAACAAAAGAGGUUCUUGAAGAUACUACCUUUAGAUCAAAUGUUCGAUUAAGAGAAUCCAUAGAAGAGUGGAAAGAAGUUAAUUACUGCUUUAGAAUAAGGUCUAUCAGGGAAAGCCUAUUAUCCAAUUCUGACAUAUUAGUGCAAGAAUCCCUGAGCGAAAUGCAAGCUCUCACAAGAGAGAAUUCCAUUAACCAGGAUUGGAUUUCUAUUGGAGAGCUUACUGAUAUUAUUAUCUCUAUCCUUGGGAACUCUGAUUCCAGAGAUACGAAGAUGAAGAUUUUGGUUACUUUGAAGGAUGCUGUAGAGGGGCAUUCAAGAAACAAGGAAAAAGUGGUUGAAUCUCAAGGUUGGUAUCACAUUAUUUCCUGCUUAGGGAGCGACUCUAGAACUUCAAAGGAGGCAAUUGAUUUGCUAUAUGAGCUGCUUCAAGACCGAUCUGGUUGGAAUAAAAUUUUCUGCAAAAAACUCUCCGAGCAUCAAAGUGCAGUUUCUUACCUUGUCACUCUUCUAACGGGUCCUGUAAGUGAUUCAGCUGCAGUCUCCAAAAAGAUUUUGGUGGAGCUUUUUGAAAUAGACGAGGAAAUCAUUUCAGCUGCUGCAAUGUUUGGCUGGUACAAACCACUUAUUGAUUGCAUGAUUCAAGGAUCGGAGUCUUCAAGAAUGUCAAUGGCAAAAGCCAUAUUGGACUUGAAAGAUUUGAACUUGAAACUCCUCGGCGAGCAAGGAGUAAUACUUCCUUUGCUAGAAAUGUUAUCUGGCAACAUUGAAUCUAAAGAACUGUCAUUGUCAGCCCUGGUUAAACUAUCAAGAUUGCAUACCAAUAAGGGGAUUAUUGCAGCAUCAGGAGGUGUGCCUCUUGUUCUAGAUUUAAUGUUCUCUUGCCGAAUACAGGCAUUCAUUACCAUUAAAUGUUGUGAAAUCCUUGAGAAGCUUGCUUUAGAUGAUGAUGGAAUUGAUUUCUUUGUUGACGGAGAAGGGAAACAACUUGACCUAGAUGACAUCAUCACCAAUUUGCUAGCUCUACAUCAGAGUCCUAACUCCUCUUGUUACCGUAAGCCUGCGUUGCGCGCUCUUCUUGGCAUUUGCAAGUUUGAGAGUAGUUUAGUUAAAAAAGCAGUUGUGGCAGCCAAUGGGGCAUCUCUAAUCCUCCCCCUUCUUGAUGAUUCCGACUCAGAAAUCAGGGAAACCGCCAUAAAUCUUCUCUUUCUUUUCUCCCAACAUGAACCAGGAGUAGUCGAGUACCUCUUCGGGCCAAGAAGACUAGAAGCUUUAGUUGGGUUUCUUCAGAAUGAUGAUGUGCAAAUGGCUGCUGCUGGUUUACUAGCUAACCUUCCAAAAUCAGAACGGGAACUCACUGUGAAGUUGAUUGACUUGGGUGGCCUUGAUGCAAUCAUAAGCAUUUUGAAAAAUGGUACAAUGGAAGCAAAAGAAAAUGCUCUCAGUUCACUCUUCAGGUUCACAGAUCCCACAAACAUCGAGUCACAGCGCGAUUUGGUUAAACGAGGAAUAUAUCCUUUGCUUGUAAAUUUUCUCAACACUGGUUCAGUAACAGCAAAGGCAAGAGCAGCAGCAUUCAUUGGUGAUCUUUCUAUGAGCACUCCAAAGCUCACUGCUGUUUCCAAAUCCAAUGGUUGGUGGUGCAAGUGUUUUAGAUCAUCACAAGUUCCUUUGUGUUCAGCACAUGGGAGUGUAUGCAGUGUGAGUUCCACAUUUUGUCUAUUGGAAGCCAAUGCUUUGCCUGGUUUGAUAAAGCUGUUACAUGGGGAGGUUCAUGCAACUGCUUAUGAAGCCAUACAGACUCUUUCCACAUUGAUUUUGGAAGACUUUCCCCAAAGGGGAGCUCUUGUCUUGCAUGAGUCAAAUGCGAUGAGACCCCUAUUGGAAAUUCUGAAUUGGGGAAGUGAUUCUCUCAAGGCACAAGCUCUAGGACUCUUGGAGAAGGUGUUUGUCUCAAAGGAAAUGGUUGAAUACUAUGGUACAACAGCAAGGUUACUGACUGACAUGAAUGUGUAUGGGGAUGGCCACCUCAGGAGAAAGGCUGCCAGGGUACUUUCAUUGCUUGAACGCUAUUCAAAGUCAUCAUCAUCUGCAAUCUCUGGAGUUCUGGACUGAAGUUCUAAGCCCAAGAAUUACAACUUAGGACAGAAUUUGCUCCAAAAUCUGCUAUACUUCUAUAUAACUUAAACUCAUUAAACUAGUUGUCUACAUUCACUAAGUUUCUAUAUUGGAUGUUGACCAAAUGGCCAACUCUAUAUCAUGUCCCUACUGAGGUUCAUAUCCAUUCUGCAUUAUUUUGCUAUUUAACAAUCCGUGGUACUUUCUA